UGGGUGUAACCAUUUUUCAGAAAAGCAGCCAAGCAGAGCAUCAAAAUCUGGGAGUGUCUUUCAAUAAUAUGGCUGAAGAUCCAAACAAGGAAGAAGAUCCAGUGUCCUCGACUGAAAUUGACAUAGACACAGAUCCAAACUCCACAAUCAUGAAGUUCUUGGUAAAGUGUGAGGAUUACCAACUGUUCCAGUUCACAAAAUUCUUCCGGGACAGACUCGAAUAAGCAAUCAAAGAUUGUGUGGAUGGACUCAGUUCAUUGCUCACAUACGAGAGGAUUUUCAGUGGACAAGAGCAUCAGAAAAUCAUUAAGCUUGUGGAGAAGCAUAUGUGUGCAGACAGUUCCAAACUGCUCCUAAAUCUGGUGAUGGAGAAAGGAUCUCCUGCCCGAAGGGUGAUGUGGAAGUCCUUCGUGAAAAUGCGCCAUGUUGUACCAAAGUUGGACAAAAUACUGAAACAAGUACAAGAGCUUGGCUUGAAUCCAUUUGAUACGGUGAAACUUGGCCAAAGUUUGUCCAAAAUACCCAAUCACCUGAAAGUUCUUCAACAGAAACACAAGGAGACGCUACGGAUCCAAACAGAAAUGCUGAGAGUGAACACGAUCCAAAUAAAAGAGAAAGUGAAGACUUUCCAGCUGGUUGAUCGGUAUGCUGAGCUAACGAUCAUUUCUACUGUUCGAGAUCGAACUCUUGUAGAACAUGAACUGCUGGCAAGAGGCCGAGACCAUGAAGAGUGGAGAGAGAAACACCUCUGGAGAGAACUGGAAAAAAUCCAAACUGAUCAGUUGUUCCAGAGCAACUUUUCCCAGAAAAAGUUCACUUCUGGGAGAACGGUGGCAGUGAGUGGGGUCCCAGGGAUUGGAAAAACAACAAUGCUACAAAAGAUUGUUUAUGACUGGGCCACCGGGAAAAUCUACCAACACUUUCAAUUUAUUUUCUAUUUCAAGUUUCGAGAUUUGAACACUAUUAACUGUAGUAUAAACCUGAAGAAUCUGAUACUGGAACAGUAUCCUUAUUUUGAGAAUGUUCUGGGAAAUCUUUGGAAGAAUCCAGAGAAUUUACUGUUUAUAUUUGAUAGUUUGGAUGAAUUCAGGGAGAGGAUAGAUUUUUCUGACAAUCUGAGGCCUCAGUCUGUAUGCACAGAUCCCGAAUAUUGGUGUGAAGUGUCUGACAUUGUGUACAGUUUAAUCCAACACAAGCUGCUUCCAGGGUGUUCAGUGUUGGUGACCACUCGUCCGACUGACUUAGUUUUAUUGGAAAAGGCUGAAAUCAGUAUGUGGGCUGAAAUCCUGGGAUUUGCUGAUGAUGAUCGGAAGGAAUAUUUCAAUAAGUUUUUUGAAGAUCAGACAGUGGCAGCAGCUAUUUAUAACCACCUGAAGGAGAACGAAAUCUUGUACACCAUGAGCUAUAACCCUUCGUACUGCUGGAUCCUCUGUCUAUCACUGGGUCCCUUCCUUGCACAAUGUGACAGGAAAGAACAAAAAGUUCCCAAAACCAUGACCCAACUGUAUUCCUACUAUAUUUACAACAUUCUGAAACACCAUUGCCGAGAGAUCGAAAACCCCCGUGAUGUGUUACUGAAGCUCGGUGAGAUGGCCUUCAAAGGAAUCUCUGAGAAAAAGAUUAUCUUUAGAAAUGGAGAGUUAAUCCAAUAUGAUCUACAACCUUCUCAGUUCCUGUCUGGGUUCCUGAUGGAACUUUUGGAGCGAGAUGAUUCAGUCCAGAGUGUGAUUUACACAUUCCCACACCUCACCAUCCAAGAGUUUGUAGCUGCACUUGCACAAUUCCUGACUCCAGAUCCCACGGGCAUUCAGAAACUCCUCAGCAUUGCUUACAGUAAGACAACCUGCCGGGUGAUUGACUGGGUGAAAGAGAUGGCUGAAGGACAGGUUCGAAACACAAGGAGCAACUCUGGUAAAAGGGACUUUCUGAACACAUUGCAGUACCUCUUUGAAUCUCAGAAUAAAGCAUUAGUUUGGACCACAGUGAGAUCCAUGGAAACACUCAUAUUUAGUAGAUUGCAACUGACACCAGUUGACUGCUUUGUUCUGUCACAUGUCAUUGGACUGUGUGAAACAAUAAAACUUCUUGAUCUCGAGAACUGUUAUGUUCAGCAUGAAGGACUGCAGCAACUGGCCUCAGUACUGUACAAAUGCAGGGAGGUGAGAUUGAGAAACAAUGAUCUGGGGAAUCCAGCAGUGAAACUGUUGUCUGAAGCGCUGAGGAGCUCAGAUUGUCAAAUAGAAAAACUGCAGUUGAAUGAUAAUGAUCUCACAGCUUCAUGUGCCCAGGAUCUUGCCUCAGCUCUCAGUACAAACCAGUCAUUGAUAAGUCUGAAUCUGGGUGAAAAUAAAUUAGGAGAUUUUGGAGUAAAACAACUGUUUGGGGUUCUGAGGAAUGUGAACUGCAAACUGCAGGAACUGGUGCUGCACGAUAAUCAUCUCUCACAUUCUUGUAUUGAAGAACUCACCUCCGCACUCAUUACAAAUCAGUCAUUGACUGUUCUAAACCUUGGUAACAAUAAACUGGGAGAUACAGGAGUGAAACUGCUAAGUGUGGCAUUGAAUAAACCAACAUGCAAAAUUCUGGAACUGGGUCUGUGGGGUGCCAGUCUCUCAGAUUCUUGUACUAAAGAUCUUGCGUGUGCUCUCAGUACAAACCAGACACUGACCACUCUGAAAUUGGGAACGAAUCUCUUCACAGACCAAUCUGUCCCAGCCAUCAGCCAUCUCAUUCUGAACUGCAGGAGUUUAGAGCGGAUUGAACUGUGGGAAAACCAAUUCACUCUAACUGGAAAGAGACAGCUGGAGUCAAUGCGGGAAUCCAGGCGCAAACUGAAGAGGGUGGUUUCCAUGUGGAAUGAACUUCCUGAGGAAAUAGUGGAUACGGAUGCGACUACAAUGUUUCAAAGACAUUUAGGUAGAUAUAUGAAUAGGACAGGUUUGGAGGGAUAUCGACCAGGAACAGGCAGGCUGAACUAGCUUAGGUUGGGAUUAUGUUCUGUUUCCAUGCUGAGGGGUCUGUUUCCAUGCUGGAUGACUCUAUAAAUGCUCUCUGUUUGCCAGUUCAGUGCAUGUCAAUUCUCAAGUACCUCAUUCACCAAAUCCAACAUUUCCUCCUUCCUCCUUAAAUUGGAAAUAUACUGAAGAAAGUCCUGCUGAAAAUGCACAAGGAAGGCUUUUGCCUCACACCCUUUGCAAUAAUCCUACCUCAGUCUAUGUAGUUCCAUUAUAACUAAUCGAUAGUUCAUGUACCUGUCCAAUUUCCUUACAAAUGUAUUAUGCUAUAUAUUUCUCAUAAGUUGGUAACAGGGAGAAAUACACCAAGUGACAUUAUGUAAUCUCUACUGCUUCUGAGCUCUAACCUGUAGUGUUGAUGAUGCUUCCUGACACUCUGUUUAUCUUGUCUUUAAACUCCUGGCAAUUCAAUCUGACUGCUGUCCACCAACGUUGUGAGUGCAGGCCCAAUCAUUGAAUGGGAAUCAGAAAGCAUCCCAAUCAAAUCUGGGGUCAGGCAGAGAUGCCCGCUCUCUGCUGUCUUUUUUUAAUGUGUCGUAUAGAGCCUGUUGCGAAUUGCAGCCGGAAGGAUGCAAGCCUGAAAAAGGUAACUAUUCCAGGCAGCAGAGACCUGCAGGUCAUGAAUGGUGCCACUGUUUUCUACUUGGAUAUGCUGUCAGUAUGCAGAUUCAUGAACAUUUGUAAGCACUUCGAACUGGCCUGGAGAACCAAGGCAGAUCAAGUCAAGAGUAAGGCCAUUUUCUUUGGAAACUGAGCUGACUAAUCUUUUAUCCACUUCAUCAUCAGAACAGAUUACUCGAAGAUGUUAGGAAUAAGUUCUGAGGGGGCAGGGAAUAUACCAGAAUUUGGAAGAGCAUAUCACCAAAGUGAGGCAAAACCUGGGCUUUUGGGAGCUUUUACUCCCAGGCAAUGAGAAAUUCUAAUGAUUGUUCUUUCUUUACAUGCAAAUAUUGUA